AUGUCAGGCUCCGGCAGGAAGGAAUUCGACGUGAAACACAUUCUGCGGCUUCGCUGGAAACUGUUCAAUCACCCACCGUCCAGCUCAGGCCAACAGCAGCAACAGGACAGCUUUGAGCACUGGGGCACCAGCCAGAACAGGCUGAAAAAUCACAGUCACGACAGGGGCACCGGCUCCUGGAAAAAAAGCAGCGCCUUCAAUGGCAUCCUGCCCCCGGGACACAGCAGAGGUGGCACCUUGCAGUGCCAGACACAGCAACGCACUGUCUUUUACGUGGAAACGCUGGAGGAAGUGCCCAGGUUAGAGUUUACCGGGGAGAGCACGGCAACGCUGCAAGAAGUGAAGAAGGAACUGGUCACCACUGAUUGUUGUGAGGGAACAGGUGAUGGAUGCCUGCACAGGCUGACAGUGACUAGCCAUCCCCUGAUGCCACACAGUGAUUUGGAAGCAGGCAGCUCUGAGGAGCUCUUCCAGGCUGUAAACCAUGCAGAGCAAACCUUUUGUAAGAUGGAGAUCUAUCUGAAGCAGCAGCAGCUAUGUGAUGUCAUCUUGAUUGCUGGAAACCGAAAGAUACCUGCUCAUAGGCUUGUUCUUAGUGCUGUGUCAGAUUAUUUUGCUGCGAUGUUCACCAGUGACGUUUGUGAAGCUAAGCAAGAGGAAGUCAAAAUGGAGGGCAUAGACCCUAGUGCACUCUGGGAUCUUGUUCAAUUUGCAUACACAGGCUGCCUUGAGUUAAAGGAGGAGACAAUCGAGAAUCUCUUAGCAGCUGCCUGCCUGCUCCAGCUCUCCCAAGUGGUGGAAGUGUGCUGCCAUUUCCUAAUGAAGCUGCUCCAUCCAUCAAACUGCCUGGGUAUCCGUGCAUUUGCUGAUGCUCAGGGCUGUACUGAAUUAAUGAAGGUGGCUCACAGCUAUACUAUGGAACACAUUAUGGAGGUGAUCAAAAAUCAGGAAUUUCUGCUACUUCCGGCAGACGACAUUCUUAAACUUAUUGUAAGUGAUGAUGUGAAUGUUCCAGAUGAAGAGACAAUAUUCCAUGCCUUGAUGCUGUGGGUGAAAUAUGACAUUCAAAGAAGAUGCAGGGACCUUGGAAGACUACUUGCUUAUGUCAGAUUACCAUUGCUACCACCACAGAAAUUCACAUUCAUCAGUGAAAUAAGUGAUUUGUUAGCCACGUUUUUGGAGGUACAGAGAAUUGAAAAUAAUAAAGGUGCCACAACAAUAGAAAAAUAUGACCUGAGAACAAAUACUUGGACCCAAGCCGGAGUGAUGAAUGGCAGGCGGCUGCAAUUUGGCCUGGCUGUCAUUGAUGAUAAACUUUAUGUGGUUGGAGGCAGAGAUGGCCUGAAGACUUUAAACACUGUGGAAUGUUACGACCCUAAAACAAAGACCUGGACUGUUUUGCCUCCUAUGUCAACUCACAGACAUGGUCUCGGAGUUGCAGUACUGGAAGGACCAAUGUACGCAGUAGGUGGCCAUGAUGGUUGGAGUUACCUAAACACAGUAGAGAGAUGGGAUCCACAAGCACGUCAGUGGACCUUUGUGGCCAGUAUGUCCAUUGCCAGAAGCACAGUGGGAGUGGCAGCAUUAAAUGGCAAGUUGUAUGCUGUCGGAGGGAGAGAUGGGAGUGCUUGUCUCAAAUCUAUAGAGUGCUAUGACCCGCACACCAACAAAUGGAGUAUGUGCACUCCAAUGUCCAAAAGAAGAGGAGGUGUGGGUGUAGCAACAUGUGAUGGUUUCCUUUAUGCAGUUGGAGGCCAUGACGCUCCUGCUUCGAACCACUGUUCUCGGCUUUCAGACUGUGUAGAGAGAUAUGAUCCAAAGACUGAUACCUGGACAACAAUAGCUUCGGUGAGUGUUCCCCGAGAUGCUGUUGGAGUCUGUCUCCUAGGAGACAAACUGUACGCAGUUGGUGGAUAUGAUGGACAAACCUAUUUAAACACGAUGGAAUCGUAUGAUCCACAGACCAAUGAAUGGACACAGGCAGCAUCCCUAAACAUUGGGAGAGCUGGGGCCUGCGUUGUCGUUGUCAAAAUGUGAAGCUGCAUUCAUUGUGUGAAGCUUUCCCUUCUACUGCUCUGAACUGGUAUCUAUAAUAUGCUGUUUCAUCACUGAUUCUCACUAGCAAUCAACUGAGCCUGUACACCAAUGUCAAUUGCGCAUCCACUUCCUUUGAAGACGUCAUCUGUGAACAGUCAGUAUAUGACAACUGAAGCAAUCUAGUGGACAUUGGAAAGAAUGCAAAACAUUCAGUGAUCAGUAAAAAUCCCAAUCAGCACAAAACCAAACAGAGAAGAAAUUGAAGACAAAUCCUUUUCUAAAUAAAAAAUCUUAGCAGCAUUGACACAUUUUAAUUAAGACUUUAGAAUUGCUACUUCGCACAGCCUAUCUGCAAAUCACUCUAAGCACUUAAAUGACUA